AUGAUUUCAUUGUUGGAAGAAGAAAAGGAAAAGAAAUUUUCAUCGUCGGGAGAAGACGAAAGUACUGUUGGAUUGGAUGCGAACGGAUCUCAAGGCUCUUCUUCAUCACUGCUACAAUCAACAACCACUACUACUACUACUUCGUUAAAUGAUACCAACAAUAAUAAUGGAUCGUCAUCAUCAGCCACUGAUCUCACCAAUAAUAAUAAUAAUAAUAAUAACGAUGGUGAUGCCAGUCCUGGUGGAUCGGAUACCACCAUGACCCUUGAUCAAUUAUUCCCUAGUGGUAAUAGCUCUUCGGGUUUGAAUAGUACCACUACAACAAAGAAAAAGAAGAAGAGAGGACAACAUUCAAAUUUAUUUGCCCUGACUGUAGCUCCGAAUUAUGACAAGUCGUUGGAAAAGUAUAAACCACUGAUUCAAGUGGAUCCAUCACUGGAACUCUUCUCUAAAUACAAAUCACAGUCUGUAGCUGAUGAUUCAUCUAACAAUGGCACAACUGACACGACUUCAACAGGAGUGCUUUCAACCGACACUGCAAACACCACUCUGUCCAAAAACAUGAUUCCUUUAGAGAUAGUGGAGCAAGCGAAAGUAAUUCCAGGAUUGUUUUUGGAAGGAUUUUUAGAGUAUUAUCAAUCGGGGCUGUUCACUGAUGCAACAGUGAUUUGUUGUUCCAAAGAGUAUCGUGUUCACAAGUUGAUUGUUUGCUAUAGAUCCGGAUACUUUAGACGAGUUUUCUCCACAGACCCCACUGUUCAAGUCCAUACCAUUGAUGAUAAGGCACCAAGCAUGGAUUUGUGCAAUCUGGAUGAAGUAUUUCCCUUUGUGAUUGACUUUCUUUACACUGGAAAGAUCGAAAUAACACAAUUCAAUGUUGUGUCUCUAAAGUUAAUAGCUAACCUAUUGGAUAUUUCUCCACUAAAAUGUGAGGUUGAAAACUUUUUAGUCGCAUAUGUGAACGAGGAAAAUGUUUUUGAUAUUUUGAAUUCUGCCAUUCAGUCCAAUGACAGUGCUAUCAAGAACAUUUGUGUUGAUUCCAUUGCAUUUCAUUUUGAUACUUUAUAUGGCAAAUUUGUAGAUAAGGUGUUCAAAACCUCCUGUGAUGACACCUCCCAAAAAAUUCCUCUGGAUAUUUUCUUCGCAGUUAUUGGAAACAAAAACAUGAAGAGCAAUGUCAACGAGUUAAGAGUUAAGAUUGUGUCAAACAUUGUUGAGCAGUUUAUUAAGGAAUUUAACGCCAUGGAGAAUAUUGAAUUAUUCAAACAAAUGAUUAAUGCGGCCACAGAGUCAAAAUCUCUCGACCUGAAUUUAGCCAUCAAGUAUUUGAAGUAUUGCGACACUCGCGGAGAAGAGUUACACGAACAAUCGGUACGAUGCUCUCAGUCACUUGCAUUUAACUUCCAUUUCCUGCUUACUUCUCCAUCUUCCAAUAUUAUUUAUGAAAUUUUACCUUCUUCUUUCGUAGAGUUACUGAAGUACGAUGAGCUUUAUAUUAAGGACGAAGAUCAAGUCUAUGAUAUUGCAUGCAAGUAUGUCGAACACAACAAGGACACACUCACAGAGGACCAAAAGAAGGAAAUUUUCAAAUGUGUUCGUUACACUUAUUUGAGCGUUCAACUUUUGACAAAACUCAAACAAGACCCACUAUUCAUUUCCAAAGAAGAUAUUUUGGAGGCUCUAUGGGCCAGAGUUGGAAGACUGGAGGGAAAGAAAGUCGAUGAAAGCAUUUACAGUCUCAGACCAAGAAAAAAUCGUGUAUUUAUUUAUGAGAAAGAUUUUGAUACGAACGGAAUUUUGUACUGGCUUGGUUGUAAUUACAACCAAGAGACAUAUAUGAAUCCAAUCGAUAGAGGAUUGGUGACAGUGAGUGUGACUGCUAAUUACGAAGUCGGUAAAGCGCAAGAUUUAAUUAGUCACGAACCAGCAAAAUGUAAUCUUGUGGGAAAGGCCAACACUCAAAUUAACAUCAAGUUUGAAACUCUCAAAAUUAUGCCUACGAAAUACACUCUGAGACAUACCAUGUCAAGAGAUGGAGAGGCUUUAAGAUAUUGGACCCUCAGUGCAAGUGUUGAUGGUGUCACAUAUGUGGACCUCAUUGUGCACAACAAUGACACAACGUUAAAUCUAAAAGGCUCUACUGGAUCUUGGGACAUUGAAGCCAAUGGCAAUUAUUACCAAUAUUUCAGAAUUACUCAAACUGGAAACAAUUCUUCCAACAACAAUUAUCUUUCGAUGGCUGGAUUGGAAAUGUAUGGUUUAGUUCACCGCAUUUGCGAGGAAUAA